UAGUGUUUCUGUUACAAGUAAUUGUAUAGAUCUUAAACAGCACACCGUCCUUUGCUCAAUUCGUUAUUUCAUAUCUUAGAGCGCCGCUACCCUCUCAUUUUCUCCAUUCCAAUUCCUCUUCUUUUUCUUCUCAUUCCUUCGAGCCUUUGCCACAAUCAUGGGUUAGAGAAAAAGAAACCUAUCUUCCAAACAUCAUCCAUCUCCUAAUUCUGCCACCAUGACAAACACUAACCAAACUGGUGUGAAGUUACAUUAAGGUAGGUGUGGGUUGUGAGCGUGCAGGUGGUGGUGGAUGAGAGAGAGAGAGAGAGAGAGAGAGGAUGAUUGGUUUGGUUUUGAUUUUCUGGGCAAGUUAUGUGUGAAACAAGAGAUAGAGCGAUACCACAUUUAGAUCUUGUUUUCUCUUAAGUUUUUAUGUUUUUCUUGUUUUGGAAGGAGAGAGAUAUAAAAGGGAUUGAAAUUACUUAUUUAUUCUUAAUUUUAAUAGAGGUAGGCAACAAAAGAUAAACAGAAAAAAUCUCAAAGGAGUAAAGUGACAUUUUUCAAAUCAUAGGUAAAGUGAAUUCGGAACAAACCACAUAUGAGAUUACUGCAACUACGAAAAAGAAGUUCAUUUUCAAGAACAAGCCCAAUAGAAAGCAUCACAAUCAGGUCUCUCUCCACUUCCUAAGAGCUUCGUAAGCACCUUAUGCCUUAAUUUUCCCGUUCAAAUUUUCAUUUGGCUCCAAAGAAAAUUUGAAGAGUUACCAUUAAUAGAAUAUCCUGAUCUCAUUGGGGCCAGAAAAUGAGUGACAAAACCUUUCACGUAGUGAUGUACCCAUGGUUUGCCAUGGGCCAUCUAACCUCCUUCCUCCACAUCUCGAACAAGCUUGCUGAGAGAGGCCACAGAGUCUCUUUCUUGUUGCCAACCAACACUCAAGCUAAGCUAGAGCCUUUCAAUCUGCACAAAAACCUCAUUUCUUUCAUCCCAAUCACUGUUCCACAUGUUGAUGGCCUCCAUCCAGGUUCUGAAACUACCUCAGAUGUUCCUUUCCCAUUGCAUUCCCUUAUCAUGACUGCAAUGGACCUUACUGCACCCUCCACUGAAUCUUUUCUUCGUGAUCUCAAACCCCAUUUUGUAUUCCAUGAUUUCACUCACUGGUUACCACCGUUGGCACGCCGCCUAGGCAUUAAGUCUAUACAUCAUUGCAUCAUUAGCCCCGCGACUGUGGGGUAUUUGUUAAGCCCAGAAAGAAAAAUCAAUGAAAAACCAUUAACGGAAGCUGAUUUUAAGGCACCUCCACCAAGUUUCCCACCUUCUUCAAUCAAGCUAUUUCCCCAUGAAGUUCGACAAGUUACCUCCGCAACACUGAAACAAUUUGGCAUAGACAUAUCAUUCAUUGAACGCCAAAUGAUCUCUCUCAGUGAUUCUGAUGCUAUUAGUUUCAAAAGUUGCAAGGAGAUGGAAGGGCCUUACUGUGACUACGUUGAAAGACAAUUCAAAAAGCCUGUGAUUCUUGCAGGGCCAGUAGUGCCUGAGCCACCAAUUAUAGCAUUAGAAGAGAAAUGGGCAAAGUGGUUGGAUAGCUUCAAGCCCAAAACUGUGAUAUUUUGUGCAUUUGGAAGUGAAUGCAUUUUAAAGAAAGAUCAAUUUCAAGAACUAGUUUUGGGUUUUGAGCUAACAGGCAUGCCUUUUUUGGCUGCACUAAAACCACCAAUGGGGACUGAAACAAUUGAAUUUGCAUUGCCAGAAGGGUUUGAAGAGAGAGUAAAGGGAAAAGGGGUUGUUCAUGGGGAUUGGGUUCAGCAACAGUUGAUACUGAGGCAUCCUUCUGUGGGGUGCUUUGUGACACAUUGUGGAUCAGGUUCUUUGUCUGAGGUCAUGGUGACUGAGUGUCAGAUGGUUUUGCUGCCUAAUGUUGGGGAUCAAAUUAUCAAUGCAAGGCUGAUGGGUAGAGAUUUCAAAGUGGGAGUUGAAGUUGAGAAAGGUGAGGAAGAUGGGCUGUUUACAAGGGAGGGUGUGUGCAAGGCAGUGAGGGCUGUAAUGGAUGAAGAUAGUUUGGUGGGGAAAGAGGUAAGAGACAACCAUGCUAAAUGGAGAGAGUUCUUGUUAAGCGAUGGGCUGGAAAACUCCUACAUUGAUAGCUAUGUUCAAAAGCUGCGUUCUCUGCUCAAAUGAAUUUAUGGUAUUCAAAUUUGGAUGAGUUUGGAAGUUAGCUAAAUAAGAUGAACCAACAUUUCAUCAUAUAUAAUUACUGUUCUUAGGCCUAUAUUUACUGACGUUUUAAGUAGUAAUGUUUGAAGCUUUUUAGUUUCGUUCAAAUAAACAUUUAAGGAAUGAAGAAUGCAUGAUGUUGGAUUUGAA